UUCAUCGACCGCCUUGACGCUCAGGCGUGCGCUCCUUUUGGCUUUAUCGAAGGCACCAGUUCCUACACCGACCUAAACCGCACCGCUAGCCGGCUGAGAACGCAUCUGCUCCUCUCCAAGGUUUCGAAUAUUCGACCGUUACAAAAUGCCCUUGGGUGAGGACGGACACUCUUGGAAGAAGAAGACAUCCGACAUCAAGGAGAUCUAUGACUUCAAAGAUGUUUUGGGCACUGGGGCAUUCUCUGAGGUGGUGCUUGCAGAGGAGAAGAGAACGAGGAAGUUGGUGGCGAUAAAGUGUAUUCCCAAGAAAGCACUGGAAGGAAAAGAGAACAGCAUUGAAAAUGAGAUUGCCGUUCUGCACAAGAUUAAACAUGCCAACAUCGUUUCGCUGGAGGACAUCUAUGAGAGUAAAUCACACCUCUACCUUGUCAUGCAGCUGGUGUCUGGUGGAGAGCUCUUUGACAGGAUUGUGGAAAAAGGAUUUUAUACGGAGAAAGACGCCAGCAAGCUCAUCCGGCAAAUCUUGGAUGCAGUGAAAUACCUGCAUGACAUGGGCAUUGUACACCGAGACCUGAAGCCAGAGAACCUGCUUUACUACAGCAUGGAUGAGGACUCCAAGAUCAUGAUAAGUGAUUUCGGCCUGUCCAAGAUCGAGGGCUCAGGUAGCGUGAUGAGCACGGCAUGCGGUACACCUGGAUACGUAGCUCCUGAGGUGUUGGCACAGAAGCCCUACAGCAAGGCAGUGGACUGCUGGUCUAUCGGCGUCAUCGCGUAUAUACUGUCACUGGAUGCUUUUAGUUUGUGUGGCUACCCGCCAUUUUACGAUGAGAACGAUGCCAAGCUCUUCGAGCAGAUCCUGAAGGCGGAGUAUGAAUUUGACUCCCCGUACUGGGAUGACAUCUCCGACUCGGCUAAAGACUUCAUCGUGCAUCUGAUGGAGCGUGACCCAAAACUGCGCUACACAUGUGAGCAGGCGCUGCAGCAUCCCUGGAUCGCAGGAGACACCGCGUUGGACAAGAACAUCCAUGAGUCCGUGAGCGCCCAGAUCAGGAAGAACUUUGCCAAGAGCAAGUGGAAGCAAGCGUUCAACGCCACUGCUGUGGUCCGGCACAUGCGGCGUCUGCAGCUGGGCACCAGUCAGGAGGGCCAGACGCAGCCUUCGCCCCAAAGCCCCCGUCACGGGCGCCUCCUGCUGCCCGAGGACCCUGAGGAAGAAGAGGAGGAAGAAAAGAGCACCUCUCAGAGGGACAGUAGUGGGUGUUCUGAAAUUGCCGGAGAGGGGGCGGAGCGAGACAACAUCCAGAACUGUGCCUACCGACUCCACCCAGCCAGCCGGGUCUGAGCACCUGUCAAUCAACCUGCUGCAACCAAUGACUUGAUUGUACUGUGUUUCCACUGGAGCCCUGCCACACCCCCAGUCUGGCCAGGAAUACUGAGUAAUUCCAGCGUUUUGCCAUUAGGCGGCGCUGCAAUGUAAAGAAUCCAGGAGGUAACGGGGUUACUAUGCCAAUGGAAUUCUAUUUAUGGAGAGGUGACUGGUGGAGGAGAAAGAGGAGAGGGGUAUGCGUUAGCUGCAUUGUGGGUAAUGUAGGCUAUAGUGAGAGCUGGAUCAGAUUGGACAGUGUUUUAGCUCCUCUUUUAAAACUACAUCUUUCAUCUCUCUAUCCUUGAACAUGGAGUACAGAGGUUUUAGGUCCAUUUUAGUUCUAAAGUGAGUUUAAGAUGUUUUGCCUCAAGACUUUUAGCCUGUGCACUACAAACAGUUAAUUACACACACACACACACACACACACACACACACACACACACACUUAAUGGCGCUCUUAUUAAUGCUGACCAAAGGUUAAGCUGAAAUUCUCCACCAGAGUAAGUCAUGCAGGACUGGGGGGCAUGAAACAUAACAGUGCACAUGUAAACAAACACACACUCCACACCGACACCUCCAGACACACACACCUCCAGUUAGAGACACACACACACACACUGUUAGCAUGACACUUUGUUUCGUUCGCAGUCUACUUCAGUUCAAAGCAUUACAUUUGUACAUAUGUGUUCUCUCCGUUUUAUUUUUGACUUUAUCCAGUGAAAUGUCCUGUUUCGUCGCGCUGCACCUAACCCAGUCUGCAUGUUGUACAUUUUCUGUUUCUCGGGGCCUUGUUUCCAUCACGUCGGACAUCCUCUGCAGUGCCUUCAUGGUUGCAGUAUCAACAGCAUCAUCUUGUCCUCUUCAUCUCUGCUUCUUUUGUGACAGUGAGGCUGUGGUGACAGUCGCUCCUCUGCAUCCUUUCAGUUCCUUUUUAACCUUUAUGGGCUCUGAAUGCUUUAAACGUGUGGACAGUCGUGUACCGUAGUACCACCCACAUGGCGUAGCCCCACACUCCAGCAAUGCAGCGCUGGUGGAGGAACACCUGCAACGCCCUGCGUUCUCGUAAACGUUUUAUUCCCGUGUUUUAUAUGACACUCUUUCUUAGGGGGACAAAAAAAAAGACCGUUUUACUCAGGGGAGGAUAUUGCGUUAAAGAAUUCUGGGAUUGUAAAGGGUAGUACAGUUACGUUGCGAAAUGCCGUAUGCUGUAUAUGCCACAGACAAUUCCGAUAUUUACACAUGGGCGUGUCGUCAGAGGGAAGCCGGAGGGUCUCUCCAGACAUAACCUUUUCCCUUGACAUGCCUUCUGUUGUAAUAUUUCAAACAUUCACGUUGCUUUGUACCGUCGAAUCUGUACGAAAGUGACAUGAAUUAAAGAAAUUUGUUGUACAUGAUGCGUCCCAUUUGACUUGUGUCCAUGUGGCUUCCUGUGCGAGUGCUUUUGGUGAACACUAUAUUUAAAGCAUUCUGAAUAGAUCACAGACUUUUUGUAGGACCACCCAAACUGCUUCUCUGGCCAGCUUUCCAUCUUCUGUUUGGGUUUUGCAGUUUUGGUUUGUUUGUUUGGGUUUUUUUUGGGGGGGGGGGGGGGUUGCUUCUACUUUUAAGUUUUUUCACUUAGUAUUUGUUACACAUGCGAUAACAUGACUCGUUCUGUUGCAAGAAUUUAUGAAGCUCAGCUGAGACACGAAACUAAAGCAAAACAAGGAUCAAACUAUAGAAACUCACCAGGGAGGGUUGAAAUAAAGCAACUUUUUAAAUGUUUAUUUUGAUAUAAUUCAGUUUCUUGCCUCAUUAGUUGGAAUGAGUGUGUACUUUUAAGAUGUCUCCCAUUAAGAAGAAUGCUAAUGUCCCACUGGUAUGGCAGGGGACAUGCUGGUUUUCUCUGUAAGACCAGACUCCUUUGGGAAGCCCAGUACCACUGAGCCGUCAUCGAGGCUCCAUAUUCUGGGUCAGACUGGGUGCACUAGAACCUCUCCUGGGUUCUCUGCAUGCAUCAAUAUGCCAAACAAAACGUAAGAUUGUAAAAGAGUCUUUAUAUUGAAUUGUGAAAUGUUGUUCGUAUUUUGUUUUAUUAAAGAAAAACAAAAAAGUCAAUUUAA